UUGAAGAAAAACUACUAUAUUGAAUCUGUCAUGGCUGCGCCCAUGGCAAGAGUAUUUUGGUCAUCAAGUUAUGCUAGAGUUUUAAAUAAAUUUAGACAGUUGAACUGUAAUGGAGAAGUUUGUGUGUCAGCAUUAGUGAUGCAAUACAGAUCAAAGCACUGGAAUCCAAAGUUCAAAAAAGAAAGAGGACAAAAGUUCAUGAAGUUUGACCUCCCUAAUUAUGAAGAGCAAGUGAAAGGAAAAAAGGAAAAAACUUCCAUUGAUGAAGAAAGAAAAAAGAUGAAGCAAGAUGGAAGAAAACACCCUUCUUCCUUUAGUGUGAAACCAAUAAGCAUAUCAUCCACAUCUAAUGUCUUAGAGGCCUAUAUUCCUCCAGAAGGAGAUGGAAAAACAUCACUUAUUUCAAAAACUGGAGCCAAAGAUAAACUUUCAGAAUUUGGAAAAACUGGUAAAUCUUACAAUGCGAUCAGAAAAAUUAAACAGUUUGAAGAGUAUUUCUCCAGUAAAACAUUCCCAUCAGAGGCAAUAGAGAUUUUUAAAGAAGCACAGAAACUAAUUGAAGAUGUGGAGAAAAAUGAAGACCGACUUCAUGAAUUAGUAACAGAAUAUGCCUACCCUCAAAUGACAGUGGGUUUAGACACUAAAACAUUGCGAUGGAAUUUUGUGGAUUCAAUUGAGCCUCCUAGAACUGUCCAUUGCAGAACAACAGAUUUGUUGACCAAAGACAAUUUAUAUGCACAAGUAACAGUUAGAUUUCACACAAGACAGACAUUAGCUAUCUAUGAUAGAUUUGGGAGACUUGCAUAUGGUAGUGAAGAUUUGAUUAAAGACGUGUUAGAAUUUGUUGUGUUUGAAAAACAUAUUUCUGAUGAAUAUGCUAACUGGAGAAUUCACAGUAAAAUUAUUCCAAAAUGGAUACCAGUUAGAGAUCCUUUACAUAAAACUUACAUUAAACCCCAUAUGGAGCCAAUACCUGAUGAGGAGGAAGACAAACCAGAAAAAGAGGCUGUUAAAGCAUAGAUCUUAAGAAAUAGCUCAUUUGGACAAUAUGUGCAAACAAUCACCCUAAAAAACACAGUUUGAGUUGAAGAAUAGAAGGAAGAUGCCAUUCACUUUAUGUCUGCAAAUCUGAUAUUUAACCAGCAGAUAGUUUGUUUGGUUCCAAUUAGUUGCAUCUUUCUAAGUGAUAAUUUUUGUAUAUAAAUACGUUUUUUACUUGUACUUUGUUUGCUUUGUACAUGUUUUAUUUAUAUAUGAGUUGAUAAUAUAGACAUUUUAAUUGAA